AUGAUGCCACUCAGCACAGCUGUCGCCUUUUUAUUGCCAACAUCAGCAUGUGAGACUGAAAGCUUAUUUGACCUAACUCCAGAGCUACCAGGCGAUCUUUUUGGCAAGGACUUCUCCUGUACCCUCUGCCUGAAGCGGUUUAAAGAACCAGUGAUUUUGCCCUGCGGCCACAAUUUCUGCAAGCUGUGUAUUAAAAAUAUCUGGGCGAAGACAGCGGUUUGCGCUUGCCCGGAGUGUCAGGCCGAGGUCCCAGACGGGCAGUACGUAGAAAACACAGUGCUGGGAAAGGCACUGGAGAGCCUGCAGGGCUUCCCGGUGGAGCAGGGCGAGCAGAAGUGCGGCGAGCACGGCGAACCCCUCAUGUUCUUCUGGAAACUGGCCGGGAAACUGGCCUGCUUCCUCUGCCGCGAGUCACAGGUGUCCGAGGACCAAAUGGGCCAGUUUCUGCUCGUACCCGAAGCCGUGCAGCACUACGUGGAAAACCUGAUCCUAAUUAGGACCCGAGUGGAGUCCACUCUGCAGAAGCUGAAGAUCCUGUGGCACAGGCAAAAAGAGCAGAUCGCGUCCCACCAGGAGAACAGGUUACUUCUUCAACAUCACAUCUCUCUGGAGUUUUUAAAGCUUCACCAGUUCCUUCAUGGCAGAGAGAAAAGAUUAAUGAACGAGCUGCAAGAGGAGGGGAAAAGCUUUCUUCAAGACAUGCAGCUGAAUAUGGGUGUCCUCCAGGAAAAGUGUAACCAAGCAAAAGAGAUACUGAUGCACAUUCAGUCCCGGCUCUACCACCACAACUCCAUCAGCUUCCUAACGGGUAUCAAGUCCUUCAUGAACAGCUUGCGGGAAAAAGCACACACCCUGUCUGAAGGUCAGCUAGUCUGCCGUGAACUCAGCCCGGGACAAUUCAAGGGUCCAAUCCAGUACACUGCAUGGAAGGAAAUGAAAUCUGUACUUAGUCCAGGCCUAUCCUUGAUAACGUUGGACCCUAAAACAGCGCAUCCGAACCUUGUGCUGUCUGCAGAUCUAACCAGCGUGAGACAUGACGAUGUAAAACAGAUGCUCCCCAAUACCCCAGAGAGGUUUGACUCCAGCAUCGCUGUCCUGGGAGCUGAAGGCUUCACCUCAGGGAAACAUUACUGGGAAGUAGAGGUUGAGAAGAAGACCAAAUGGACUUUGGGAGUGGUAAAAGCGUCCAUCAACCGCAAAAAGAAGCCCCCACUCUCACCCAGAGAGGGCUAUUGGCUCAUAAUGUUGAGGAACAGGAAUGAACUUAAAGCUCUGGAUGUACCCAUGAAAGGGCUGAUCCUGAGGACGGGCAUCUCUAAGAUCGGGGUUUAUCUGGACUACGAGGGGGGGCAAGUAUCCUUUUAUGAGGCUAACGAGAUGUCCCACAUCUAUACGUUCAUGGACACUUUUACGGAAAAACUUUACCCAUAUUUCUGCCCAUGCUUGAAUGAGGCAGGGGAGAACAGCCACCCGCUGAAAGUGUUUUCCUCCAAAAUAUAGG